AUGGACGGCAUAUCGCCGCUGGAGCGAUUCCUGGAGACCUGCAGCGAGCAGGAUGACUUCUCAACUAGUCCUCAUCUGUUGAGUGCCAUGAGCCCUUAUGAUGUAGAACUUCCAAUUCAAACAGCCGAAGAUGUGUUGUUUGGUUCUCAGUUUAAUCAGCCCAAAGAGCUUCAUACAGACUUCUCCUCUGUGGAUCUCAGCUUUCUUCCAGAUGUUACCCAGGAUAACAAAGAACAAAAUCUAUCUGAUGAUGGUCAUGAAACACAAAAUGAGUUUGAUGGGUCAGUGUCAAGAAAGGAGGACAGUGGCACCUUCAUGGAUGAAAGCAGCUUGUCACAUCCAGAUGCAACUCCUCUGACUUCAAUGAUUCCCAUGACCCCAGUGACAUCUGCAUCAGAAAGCUCUGGCAUAGUUCCUCAGUUACAGAAUAUUGUGUCAACUGUAAACUUGGCUUGUAAACUAGAUCUGAAGAACAUAGCUCUGCAUGCCAGAAAUGCAGAAUAUAACCCAAAGAGAUUUGCUGCUGUGAUCAUGAGAAUCAGGGAGCCACGAACAACAGCCCUCAUCUUCAGUUCAGGAAAAAUGGUCUGCACAGGAGCAAAAAGUGAAGAGCAGUCUCGGCUGGCAGCCAGGAAGCAUGCCCGGGUGGUGCAGAAGCUUGGCUUCCCUGCCAAGUUCUUGGACUUUAAGAUCCAGAAUAUGGUUGGGAGCUGUGAUGUGAGGUUCCCCAUCCGGCUGGAAGGCUUAGUUCUCACUCACCAGCAGUUCAGCAGCUAUGAACCUGAACUAUUCCCUGGCCUUAUUUAUAGGAUGGUCAAACCAAGGAUAGUGCUGCUUAUCUUUGUGUCUGGAAAAGUUGUACUGACUGGAGCAAAAGAACGUUCUGAGAUCUAUGAGGCAUUUGAGAACAUCUACCCCAUUCUAAAGGGUUUCAAGAAAUCAUCAUGA